AUGGAUACCCUAAUCUUUGGAAGUCAGAGAGACUCAUCAUCGUUACAUAGAACUGCCGAUGUCGUGGCGACUGCGCCUAGAUUUCGGCGCAAGUCGUCGACCUUUGUCGAUGCUAUCCAUGAUAUGCCUGAAAUGCCAGCCCUGGCACCAGCCCAACUUUAUAGUACUGAGUCUGGACGGCUCUUCCACUCUGGGCGGAUUGUCAUUAUCACAGUUGGGUUACCAGCCCGAGGGAAAACACACAUAUCUGUAGCCCUUGCUCGGUACCUUAGAUGGCUUGGAGUUAAAACUCGCAUUUUCCACCUUGGAGAUUACAGACGAGCUACUGUUGGAGUUGGUGGCGAACUACCGGAGGAUUAUUUCUUUGCAAAUGCAUCUGCCUCUUCCGUCCUUCUUCGACAGAAAAUUGUCAAAAGGUGUCGUGAAGAUAUAUAUCGUUUUUUAAACCAUGAAAAUGGACAGAUUGCCAUAUACGAUGCGGUCAACCCUUUGGCUGCUGGGAGAAUAUCUCUCUCUAGAGAAUUCGCAAAGCAAGAUAUUGAGACCUUGUUUAUUGAGUCAUCUUGCAGCGAUGAGCGUAUAAUCGAAGAGAAUGUGCGGCGAGUGAAGAUAUCCUCUCCUGAUUAUGUGGGAUGGGAUUCUCAAGUUGCUGUAAAGGAUUAUCUAGCGCGAAUAUCUGCAAGGAUUCCACUAUUCGAAACCAUGCAAGAGCAAGAGCUGAACUAUAUUAAGAUGUUUAAUGCCGGCGAAAAGAUGACAAUUAACAAUCGUGGAUUCGGUUAUCUUCAUCAUCGAAUCGUUUUCUACCUGUUGAACCUUCAUAUCAAGAAUAGGCGUACCUACUUUGUCAGGGCUGGCACUUCUACAUCAUCAGACUCGUACAAAGCUGAUUCGUCGCUUUCGUCAAAAGGAGAAGAUUAUGCGCGCAAGAUGACCGAAACGCUCAUUAAGCGUCGAGAAGAAGAGAGAAAAGACCUGCUAGAACAGGGCGAGCCUGAUCCACAGCUCAGGCCACUCAUAGUCUGGUCCUCAACACGCCGCAGGUCUAUAGAGACUGCACAAUUUCUCCGUUUAAGGGGAUACAAGGUUCGACACCGUUCUCAAAUGAGUCAGCUGAAUCCUGGAGUUUGCGAGAAGAUGUCCGAAGAACAGAUCAGGAAAGAAUACCCUGAUGAAGUGGAAAUGCACGACUUGGACCCCUAUCACCACAGAUAUCCUAGAGCUGAGUCCUAUCACGACUUGGCCGUGCGGCUUGAGCCUGUCAUCCUUGAGCUCGAACGUGAGCAAAACGAUUUACUGAUUAUUGCACAUGAAAGCGUAUUAAGAGUGCUGUAUGGGUAUUUAAUGGCGUGUAACUCAACCGAUAUCCCGUUUUUGUCCUUCCCACGCGACCAGAUAAUCGAGAUAAUUCCUGCCAGCUAUAAUAACCAAGCAAGACGUAUUCACAUACCAGACCUUCCGCCGGAUAUCAUUCCAGGCUCGCCAGAGGACAUUAAGAUUCCCGUGCCACCGAGUGGUAUCGUUUCACCAAUGCCCGGUGGUGGGCUGGACGGCUCCUCUUUCGAGAGGGGCGCAACCCCGCAACUUGGUUUUCGGACUCCCAAAGACCCAGAAAAGAUAUCCCAGCAUCAGGCUGAAGAUGUCGUUUGA